AAGAAGAAGAAGAAGAAAAAGGUUAAAGGUGUUUAAAUUUCCACGCAGUAAAAGCAAAAAAAUUAUAUAAAAAUUUUCAAGUGAUUCACCAAAACAUCAUAAUUCUAGAACUUGGUCAGUAUCAGUAUUAGUAUAGGAAGUAGGAUAGUCAUCAAAAAACAGGCCGAGUAGCCCUGACGAUUAAGGCCUACCCAACCUUAAGAAGAAGAAAAAGGUCAAAGGUCAACCAUCACAAAAGGAUAAAUAAUUUGUUUACCGAACCACUUUUUUCUUGUAUUUUCUUAUUCUUUAAUGUAUUAAAUUAUUAUUAUGGUCGAGGCUAGAACUGAAGAAGUAUCAAAUACAACAAGUAAUACAAAGGUAAAAGCUACUAACACCAAACCUAAAUCAGUAUAUUCAUGGAAUGUAGUGGAUGUUCAGAAAUGGUUAAGAAGACAUUGCAGUGAUUAUUAUCACUUAUAUGUCGACAAUUUUAAUCAACAUGAAAUUACAGGUAGAUCUCUUUUAAGGAUCAAUGAUAACUCUCUUCUUAGACUCGGUAUUACAAAUGAUGUUCAUAGAGAAGCAAUUUGGAAACAAAUAUUGAAACUCCGAUUAAAGACUGAUAUCGUAGAAAUUAGAGAUAUUCAAAGACGAAAUAUGAAUAACAUGUACUAUGAUAAUUCUUUAGUUUAAUUUCAACAAUAGAAAAUUUCAUUACAGUAUUUGAUACCAUUGUAGAUACUUGAUGUGGUUUUUUAUAUGUUAUUAUUAAAUUUUCAUUAAAAAAG